AUGAAUUACGUGGCUUAUUUGAUCAAAGCACCGCAUGCGCCUGUUAUAUAUGAUGCGUGGGUGUGCGGUGGAGCUAUAGUACAUCCUGAGUUCAUCAUAACUUCAGCAGCCUGCAUAGAGGAUGUCCAGUUCAUGUACGCUAUAGCUGGCUACAAGAAGUAUGUAAAUUUUAAGGACAUCGAUAAUGAUCCAUGUACCAAAGCGUCUAAGAAGAAGAUAGUUAUCUCUUGUGUACCUAAAAGUUACAAUUUUGCGUACGAGAAAGUUACUAAGUGGGCGUACAUAGAUAUUGGCGUGGUCAGAGUCGACACGCCGUAUGACUUCAGUCUUAAAAGUCCCCUACCAUCAUGUUCGUGGGUUCCGCGUAAGAUUGCUAUUAACUAUGACGUCAAAUAUCAGCAGCCAGGAACAGAUACUAUAGUCAUGGGCUGGGGCCAUGAUUUAAAAUGGCGACGGCCGGAUGACACAAAGGACUAUAAUCAAGCAACAUUGAAGUACAGUCCCCUUCUAAUACAAGACAAGGAAAAGUGUAAGGAUUUCUAUACCAAUAUAGAUGGUAUGGAUAAGGUGAUAGAAAAGUACAUGAUAUGCGGUUUGGACGAAGGCAAUAUCAAUUCAAAGGGUGAUCAGAUCGCGAGAAGCCACGCCUUGAUAGAUGGUUGUGCCAACAACUACAUCAGAGUUGGUGGAAUUUGCCAAAGUCCACAAUCGUUAAAUAUCACAAUAUGGCCGGUCGAAACUGAGAAGCCAAUAACACCACCACCUCCAAAAUAUUAUACUCCUACUCAACCACCAGCAUCAGACGCACCCUCUAUUGAUAAUAUCCCUUCCGACGUCGGCAAUGGAUCUGAAGACGAUGCCACCAUCACAUUUGAUGAUAUUGCAUUCAGUUUCCGAAGAACAGAGAUGGGAAGGAAACUGACCAAUUUCUCAAGAAGGACAGGAAUAUGUCAGAACGAUCAUGGAGGCCCUCUAGUGACUUGGGUCGGUAAAAAUGAGGUCCUUAUAGGCGUGGCCUCUGUGUUCAGAGUAUCUCAGAGGUUUGAUUGCAUUGGACCCUUCCUCUUCACCAGCACUCAGUGCAACGGAGCGUUCUUGAACUGUAUCAUCAACAAUAUGACUAGCACCCGAAGAGACCCAGUCUGCGAACAACCGGCAGAAGAAAGAGGCUUCGAAAUAGUGGAACGAAGAAUAUCAUGGAAACAUCAUCCUGACGGACCGGCUGCAAAUGAACAUGCGGACGACGUUUUUGAUAGUCGAUAUCCUAUUCAUUAUUAAAUUCUAAAUGGGCCAUGAUGCGGUUAUAAAGUACCUAUUUGAGACACCCUAGAAGUCUCAA